CGGAAUGUUUUGGACUUUCAUUAGUACACCCUUCUGGUCUUAGUUUUCAAGUUCUGAAAGAGAGAAGGAAAGAAAUCCAGUCAGUUACUAAUAAGUUCGAUAGCUCUACAGGGAACCGUUAGCGUGUUUUUGGCAAACAGAUAUGGACGGAAAGCCCUCAAAUUCUCCCAAUAGCUUCAUUGAUCAGAUGGUUGAAAGUGAUGCUAUUUCUGUUAUGAAGGCUGGGAAGCUAAAGUUCUCAAGGCCAAACAAGUACUGGGUUGAAAGCUCCCAGAAGAGGUACGUUCCUUGUGUGGAGGAUACAGUUCUUGGUAUUGUGGUUGAUUCUAAGGCAGAGAACUUUCUUGUGGACAUAAAGGGACCUGCAUUGGCAUUUCUUCCAGUACUUGCUUUUGAAGGGGGAACAAGGAGAAACAUACCAAAGUUUGAGGUAGGUUCAUUGCUUUAUGUACGUGUGGUCAAAGCUAGUGCUGGCAUGAAUCCUGAGCUCUCAUGCACUGAUGCAAGUGGUAAAGCAGCAGAAUUUGGCCUCCUGAAAGAUGGGUACAUGUUUGAAACAUCAACUGGCCUUUCACGAAUGCUUCUCAGCUCUCCAACAUGUCCUGUUCUUGAGGGUCUUGGCAAGAAGCUAUCAUUUGAAAUAGCUGUUGGGCUAAAUGGCCGUGUCUGGGUGAAUGCUGGCUCUCCUUCCACUGUAAUCCUUGUUGCAAAUGCAAUCAUGAACUCGGAGUCUCUCAGCAACACGAAACAAAAAAUUAUGGUGGAAAAACUUCUCCAGAAAUUUCAGUAAUGCCAAGUAAGUCAGUCCACUGCAAAUUAUUUCCCUCUCUAGCUCCUCUCUCACAAUUCCUGUCCCGGAGUUUCAUGGAGUUGAAUCACUGGUGUCCUCAUGGCAUCCGGGUUUGUAUAGGCUGGUUUGGUGUCCUUGGUAUCACAUCCUCGACAUUUAUUGCAAUAGUGCAUUUUGGUGUUGAUC